UUCUAAAUUUGCAAAUUAUUAAAUUUCUAACUUGUCAAGUUGACAGAUUGCAGAAUUUUGAAGUUUGGUUAUUCUCGGUUUUGUUGCGCGUAUGUUUUGAACAUGGUGUAUAUGACCGGCGAAGUAGAAAGCGUAUGAAAGUGGGAACAACAUCAAGUUGGUGGUGAAACUCGUGAAGUUGGUCGAGUUGCGCGAAUCAAGUAUGGUUUCUCGUUGAACAGAGUAUAUAUAGCUUGGCGCGAAAACUUGCUUUCAAGGAGCGCGUCGGAUCCCUGGGCACGGAGCGCGUCGGGUGGGAGUAAGAAGGGGUGAUAGAGGGAGAAAGAGAGAGAGAGAUCGCAGGAAAGGGCCAGGGGUGUCAGGGGAUCUCGAGCAACUUGGCACGUCCGUGUACGGAGGCAACAGUGCUGGUGGCAGCACAGACGCUCGUUGAUGAGCGAACAAUUCACUUUGGUGCGCGGUUUCACGACGUUGUUUCGUCCGGUCUGUGUCGUGAAACAAGGGUGUGCAUAUGCACGCACGCGACGGACCGGGAAAAUGUGUCUGUGACAUUUUCACCUGUCCGCUUUUCCUAAGUUAAAACGAUCGAGUGUCGUUGCGGUGGUUCGAAGAGUUAGUGGCUGGUGCGCGCCGUGCGUGCGGUUGAUCAGAGCGUAUACCGCUGCUCUCGUCGAUUUGGUGGGAUAGUGAGAGUGAGAGGGAGGAGGGGUUUCCCGUCCUCCUCUUCUCUCGCUAAAAUCGGCCGGAUUUUUGAACAGGGAGGAAAAACGGACAAACUCGAUAUUAAACUAUGGAGAUAUCGAAGAGUUUGCAGGAAGAAAUACUCAGCGUGCAAAAUAAGCUGAAAAAUGCCAUACGCGAUCAUCAGAUCUGCGUGGGCAAACUGAAGGAUGACCCAAACAAUACGGACAUCCUUGGUCAGAUACAAAAGAUUCACUUGCACAUCGUGUCGUUGGGAAGAUGCCAGAAGCAAGUUGUCCAGCGGCUGCGCAAGGAGGUCGAAGCGUUCAAAGCGCAGAAUGCGAACGGGGCGAAAGUUUCCAUCGCGUCGUUGCUCGGCUUGAACAACAAUAAUCAUAUAACGAAUAAUAAUGAAACGAGAUGCAAGACCGGUGGCGAUGAUUUUAGCACGAAGAGCUCGAAGGAGGAUUACGAGGAGAUCGUCAGGAACGGCGAUGUCCCUUCGCCCACGCAAGACACCGUGCCAGCGAAGGAACGGCCCAGUUCUGUGGAAACGAUUUCCGGCGAGGACGACGUUAUCGAAGUCUCUAUGGACGAGAAUUCCAACGAGAAAUCCGAGAAAGAGGACUCGGAGAAGGACUGCAAAGUCGAAUCGAUCGAAAAAAUUAAUUUUUUGAACGCUCUCGGUUUAAUCACCACUGCGACUUGUUCCGAAUUGCAAAACAAGAGGGCCGAAAGGAAACGCCGUAGCACGGCUAAUCCGCAUUUCAUUUAUUCCAGCGUGGAAGUGCCAACGAAACGGAAGAGACACUCGUACCUGCAGUCAGGAAAUGUUCCUCAAACUCGACAAACAACGGCACGCAUGAACGGACCGUCGCCACCUCCCGUAAAAGUAGCGCCGCCGAAAUCAGCGUCACCACCAGCGUCCAAAACGGUGAUGAAAUCUUUGAUCCCGGUUCAAAAGUCCAGCACUCGACCGAACAUUCUCCGAAACGUCACGGAGAGUAAAGUUUUCGCUAACAAGAGCAAGGUUGAAAAUGGUCCUAGCCAGAUUCAGUUGCCCGUGCCCACCGUAAAGUCCGUUCAGUCGAUCGGCAACAAAGCGGUUCAUAUACCCGGUUUACCUUCCAGUCUAACUAUCGAGAGGAUCAGCAGUGAUUCAGCAGUUUGCAUAAGUUGUAGGAAUCCAGGUACAUUGACGGUGUGCGAAAAUUGCGCGUCCAAUUAUCACGUGUCUUGCCACUCUAUAUCGCCAGCACCGCAAAGAAUAUGCCCGAAAUGUGCGUUACUGGACGAGGAAGAGAUGGAAGACGGCGAAGAGGCGGACGAGGAGGAAGACGGACGUUCGUCGUUUAAGAAGGACGAAGAAUUCGCUGCAACAGCGCACGCGCCAGGAAUUAUUAGGAAAACAAGAGAAGACGCAGAGAUCUAUAAAACGACUUGUGGACUUCAUAAAGUUGAUGCAACUCAGAAAAAGCGGGGAUUCUCCGGCUCAAUCGGAAUCGGGCAACUUCCUUCCUCGACCUUCCUCAUCCCAAUCUCCUCGAACAAUGUCGCCGCAUCAACCAUCAACCAGCCGGAUGUCAGGACCUCUUCAGCAAUCAGCAUCGAACGAGAAAGCAGCGUGCCCUACUCCUCCAUCGUCCUUAAUCAAUUGCCUCGAUCGAGCAUCGCCUAUAUCGACAGGACAGAGCCCCAAGUGUCCUACGCCUACCAGUUACCCGUCACCAGUGUCCAAUCCGAGAAGCAUCAGUCAUACCUCAUCGUCAAAAAGAUCGCAGAGCCAGCAAGAAGGGCAAGUCAGUCUUCCGAAGACCAAAGUCACGGUACAUUGCUCAACUAUAAACUGCCAAUCACACCAGGCUACAACCCCCGCGUUCAGGCGGAAAUCUCUGUCGCCCACUCCUCGAUGCUCGUCGGUAAACAGUUGUCCGACUCCGUCAGUCGUAACCGCAAGAAGCAAACAAAUCGCGCAGUUCCCGCACUCAAUCGAAUCAUCGACACGGAAAAUCUCUCCAUCACGGCCGAAUAUCAGCUGGAGCGAUCGACGUUCAACGGCCGAAAGUCCCGAGCCAAGCAGCCAAGAAACAAAUUCGGUAUCAACCAACUGCGAUCUGCCAGAGCCACCGAAAUCUUACUGCCUUCCUACGAUAAUACAGAAUCCGAUAAGCAAUUACAAAUCGUCAAGUCCACGGAACCAGAGGAGACAGCCAGCCUCUUCGGCGGUCGUACCAAGUACAGGCCAAGAUCCGGCGGUCUUCUCCACUCAUUGUUCGCAGGCCAUAACAAGUCCUAUAUCGUCACCGAUAAUUCUCGAGAGCCACGAGACUUUGGCCCAGGUGACAAAGAUUCCUUCUCGCUCAAUCGGCAGCAGUUGCAUCGUCAAGACUACCACCUGGAAUCAGGCGAACGAAACGAGUCCUCGGUCCAAUUGCAGCGCGGCGCCCUCACCAAAUUCUUCGAGCACGUGAAAUUGGAAGAAGCGCAUAUACCAGCGCCAUCUAGAGCAAAGCUAGUAUACAAAAGGAAUAACGUUGCCGAGAGGAACGAGCUUGAAGUUACUGAGAUCGCGGACGAUGACGCGAACAGUAACGAGUACGAUAACAAAGCGCCAUUGUCGCCCAAUAUUUUCGAGGAUGAUUUUACUGUUCGAGAAGUCGAGCGAAGCAAUUGGCUCUCGAACAAAGUCAUAGACAAAAUGGGCGAAAAGAGCGACAACGCGGCUAAGGGUUCGGAGUCCUUCGAUUCUGUCGCGAACUUCGCCAGAACGAACGAGGUUAUUACGUAUGAACGUAAACGUAGCAGCAAGUAUAUCAGACUCGAAUGCGAAACGGACCAUGACGAGAAUCGCAUCGCGUCCUUGACAGAAAUCGUAUCCGAAAGUCGGAGGGAUCGGCAAGACGCGGAGUCUCUGUGUAACGCACAAAGCAAUUUCUUGGAGCUUCGUAACGAGGUCUCAGUUCCUGAUGAUAAGGCUGAUUCCGAGAGACAAGACUUAUACAGUGGCAGACGUUCAACCAGUAGUAGCCGAAGUAGCAGCACGAGCGACAGCGACACUCCGGAACAAGCGAUGGACAACUCUAUCAAAUAUUCCCGACGUCGAUUAUCCGAUAACGAUUUCAAAGAACGUUUGGGCAUAAAUGCUGUAUCCUCGGAAAGCAUGCAAGUGCUCGAACAAUUUGAAUCGGCUAUGUUGGAAACUGGUUGCAGUAAUGCUGCCACUUGCUAGAGUUAGUUAGAAUGCAAUGUCAACUUGCUGAUUAUGCUCAUUACUAGAAUUCCUUUUCAUUGCGACGAAAACGUACUAUUACUUUUUCAACGCUGAGAUUUUUCGUGGUAAAGAACGUUGCGUUUGUGGAAACUCUUCCGAUCUAGAGUUAUUUUCGAGAUGAAUUCGUGCUCGUACUGCAUUUGAGUCUGUUACUUAUCCUUAGGAUACCUAAAGGAACGAGAGAUAUAAUAAUUAGGUAUUCGUAAUCGUGACAGAAAUUCUUGGGGCAGUUCCUACUUUCUUUUACUGCCUUGGAAAACAAUGCAAUCGUUUGUAUAUCGCUGUAUCGACUAUAAAAUUACGAUGACAGUCACAAUUACGACGGUACGCAUGUACCGUCACGUUUCAACGCUAUAAGAAUGAGAAGCGUCGUUGCUUUGCGAUUUCUAUUAAUUAUGUUGUCUGUUCGUUUAUUUAUUAAUCGUUGUUCAUUAAAUUGUUCUUCGAUUUAUUCACGAUAGAUAGCGAGGCGCGUGGACCAAGUUUGAAUUCUCUUCCAAUCGGACGACAUUUGAUCAGGAAAAACAACGUGGAUCGCGUUUUAUUUGUAUAGCGUUAUACGAUUUCAUAUUUUCAGCGUUAGCCCAGGUAAACUCUAAGCACAUCGCCACUAUCUGUUGCGCAUUAACUUGUUUAUCUCAUUGUUUCGCUGAGUUUUAAAGGCUUUAAACGUUGCGUUUCGUUAAUAAUUUGUAAUACCCGAUGAGUAGGAAACACGCACAUAUCCGACAGAUACUGGACGAUCUGUGACAAGGUAGAAAGGCUUCGUAUGGAAGCCCGCGUCGAGUCAUAUUACCAUACUGCCUUAAUAGUAAUUUAAAAACGGUACUUUUUACAAUAAUUUCUAUGGAUAAGCUUCGAGAAACGUGUACGACUCAAUAGACUGCCGCCAUAUUGAAAUUAAGGAGAAGGAAGUGGAAGAGGAAGAAGAUAAUCAAAACGCGUUACCGUAAUCGAAAAAUUUAGGGGUUAAGAUUGCGUGUACGUUAACGUAGCGAAUAAAACGUCGAAGCAACGUGCUUAUCUUAAUUUUAUGAUUCUACAGAGUUUCUUACGAAAUCGAAUGCAACAGAACCUAUUUUAUUUUCUCGUUUUUAAUGUUUUUUCCAUUAAGGCAAAUGCUUCGAAGAACAAAAUAUUAUUUUUAGCCUAACUAUAUUAUUUACUAAAUUGGUAAGCAUUUCCUUCGAUAAAUUAAAUGUAGCAGUAUUCACGAUAUCAUCCGCUACAUUAGGCAGGAUGUCUUUCAUCGAUUAGAUUGUGCCGAACGUUAAGAUUUACGAUAGUAGCGACUAAUCACGAUGUUGUCCCACCAAGAUAAUUUACCCGAUCAAACGUUAAUUCGCGUUAAUCAAGCGAGUCCAGUUCGUUAAUCUAUUUAUUAUCGUUUUCGUUUUUUCUCGCGCGGUCAUUGCCGCCAGCUUGUCCAAUAUACUAUUUGAGUAGCGUAUAAAACGAAUAAAAAGAAAGAAAGAAAAAAAAACAAAUUGUUAUGCAAUGUAGGCAACGAGAUUCAGAUCGAAAUUCGUAUUUUUAUGAAUAAAGUGAAACUGAAAUAUAA